CUCCGACGUCUUGUCUUUCAUCAUCAUCUGAACCACAUUGAGCCCUGACCAGCACACAUCUUCACGCCUUUGUCGCGCCAACAGGCACCCUGCGAAGAACCAUGCAUUCAAGGAGUCUUUGACAGUUCUACGUCGUUGCUGUUGUACAUUAACACUUCGCCCUGUAGAGGCGAGAUGGAAGCCUCUGACAAUUCCAGUCAUGACACUUCCCACGCCGGGGACUCUGUACAAUCAGGUCACUGGUUGCCAGCGCUGCGGCCUGAAGUCCUCGACGAGACCCGCGAUGAAAGCCACGCCGGAACCUCGCCAGAAACAAAGUGGACUGACAAAGUCAACGUCGAGACGAACCUGAUCCCGCCAACUACAGUAUCGACGCAACAAACGACAGAUGUAGCUCCUGGAGACGGUGCGCCGGCUGCCUCGUCUACAACACAACCCGAGACAUCGAGGGAGAAACAGCAGGCAGCUGGAUCUACACUAAAUGAGGCACAGGCGCCUCAAACUCAUGGCAGAGCGGGCGAAGACGAUGAACUACCUUCGGAGGACGAUGACGAGCGCUUAGAUCCAGCCUGGGGAAUCAAGCGCACGGAUACGGCUCACAUAUUAGACAAUGUGCACCGUUCAACGACAUUUCCCUCCUUUCCUUCAUCCGAGCCUGCAGACACCCAAGCUGGCACAACUGCGCAGCAUCCCCCUGAGCCUACCUUCGAUGGCAAAGAAGAGGAGGUCCGUGCAACGGAGCACAGUGAACCUAACCAGGCGCCUCAGACGCUGGAUUGGCCCAAAGACAACGAUGGUGCCGACACAGAAACCCUCCCUUGGGCGGCGCCACAAGAGGCUGAAGCAGUCGAUGAGGCGGCACAACGAUUUGAUGAAGGUGUUCCCUUGAUACAGACCAACGGGGAGAGGGCUGCGGAUCAGGAUCACAUACCAGCUGAUUCCGGUGUCAGUGCCUUUGAUACAACCGCUGACGAUGAAGAAGCAUCCUUCUUUUCCAACAUCAAUAACUCGGCCUCUGCUCCUGAGAAUCCACCUCUAGACAGGAAGUCUACCGACCAGGUGCUCGAUUCCCUACAUUUCUCGGCCAAAGAAAAGUCGGGCUCGGGCUCGCCGCCGGAGCCGGAAGAGCAUUCGUUUUUUGACGAAUUAGCUCAAGCUAAGGAUGAGCCUCCUACCAACCCACCUACGGAAGAUGUCGAUGCGAUGUGGGCGGCCGCUCUUGGUGACGAUGAGUUUCUGGUUGAAGAUGCCGGCGAUCUCCUCCCUGAUUCUGAGCCGAGCUCUCCGUCUUCGUUUAUUGCGUCUUUACAGCAAUCAUCAACCGUGCCUGACGAGAAGCCUGACCUGUCUCAGCCACAGCCUCCAGUCGACGUGUCCAUGCAGCAGACGCAGCCUUUCACGCAACGAUCAGCUAACCCCUACGCUCCUCAUCAACCGUCUACUUCGGAUCUGUUCCAACUGUCCCUGCCGGCACAAACUACCCAUAACACCGUAGGACUCUCGCGACCGGGAAUAGCCCCGUUGGUUCCUUCGCAGUCGAAUGUACAGCAAGAGGCUCCUCCCCAGCCAGCAAAGAGUUUCGUGGAUCAAAAAGAUGGGUAUAAGUCUCCCUAUGACCUUCCUUUGGAUAUUGCGAAGCCAAGAAAGAGGGCGCAUAUUCCUCACCCUGUCCAGACCACAAAAUCUGUGGCGCCACCCCCGCGGAGCAGCAGUCUAACAGAACCGCCUCUUCUAUCACCUUUCUCUCCGUAUAUCCCCCAAGCUCCGGCGACCGGCGGCCUGCCGCCCCAGAGAGCGCCGGCAGCAGUUCCUCCUCGCAGGGUUUCGGCUUUUGAACAACCUGCCAAACCGGAAAGGCCAAAAUCCGGAUCUGGAUCAGGUCCUUCCCAUUUCUUUGAAGAACUGCCCAUUACCUUCAAACCAAGACACGGCUCGGGCCAUGGUCACCACACUCCGCUACCACACAGCCCGAUUCCUCCGCCACAGGGGAUGACCCAAGGUCCACCCAGCCUGCCUAUGUCUCCUCCGCAGCAGCAAACCUCUCCUGCCCGAGCCCCUGAUCCAUACGCGCAAUACCAGCUUCGAUCGCCUGAGCGGAUCGAUCCUUAUGCGCAUGUAUCAUCGGAACCGUCGCCACAGCCGGCGCCGUCGGCAUCAGCCGCCAGAUAUUCACCCGCACCCGUCGGGUUGGCACCGGCUCAUGGGGCUGGGCCUACUCCCAGGUACUCACCCGCACCGCCACCACAAACUGGUCCUUCGAAUGUUGCAAACCGUUAUGCGUCAAAGCCCACGCCUACUCCUCCAACGCAACCGCCGCCAAUGGCGCAGAGUAGAUAUGUAUCACAACCUCCUCCUCAUCCUCCCUCAGGUGUCAGCAUACUCCCUUUCCAGCCUCGCACGUCAAGUCCUCUUGCGUACCACAAAAGCGCUCUCGACGAUAAUGCCGAUGGUCAGACGCCUGCAAUGGGCCAACUUCCCAAACCUCGACAAGGUUCCACUACGGGAUAUUUCCCCCCGCAAAACGUGGCUGCAACAGAUGGGACAAGCUUUGCCAAUCCAGCCAGGGCAGCGUCACCACCACGUCCUCCACCUGUUUCUGAGCGUUUGCCACCUCCACAGCGAUCACAGACACAGUCUCCAUCAAGGCAACGGUCACGGCCUGGCUUUCCCACCUACAAUACCGACGUGAUCAAUCGCCCUGCCUCGGCUUAUGGUCAACCACUACCCAGUAGAAAUGUGGCAGAAUUUGACCCCAUUCCUCCAAGGCCCGACGUUCAUCCCAGAGGGCUAGCGCCGGAAUUGGAGUUUGUGCGACCUUCAGAUGAUACUCAGUUUGAUCCACUAGAACGUUGGAAAGGCGCUCCAGUGUUCAAGUUCGGCUUUGGGGGUUCGAUUGUCAGCACUUUUCCGAAGCAUGUCCCAAGAUAUACUGCGGGUGCAGGCCGACCUCAAAUCAAAGCCUCUCCGGGAGACGUGGCGACGCGCAGCACCAAAGAUGUGCUUCCGCAGGCCGAUCGUUACAGCAGCUUCCCCGGCCCUUUGAGGACUAAGUCGAAGAAGAAGGAGCUUUUGGCCUGGAUGUCGAACUAUAUUUCAAGCCUUGAGGCAUCUACGCCUGAUGCCGCUUUUAGCCAGUCACUUCCGGAUAUGGGAAGACGGCAUCAUGAAAAAGUGCUGCUCUGGAAAAUCGUUCGCGCACUGGUGGAGCACGAUGGCAAUCUCGACGGUCCCGCCCUAAAAGCGGUGAAUGAGAUACUUACUCCCGAGGUUCACGCCUUGGACGAGUUGAACGCCAGUCAAUACCACGGAGACGAGCACCUUUCUGGAAUUUAUCGUCCUGCCGGUGGAAAUGUGCGUCCUGACUCGGUUGAUCCGAUGGCGGUUGAGGUCCUCAGAAAGCGGCUUCUGAGUGGAGAUAGGCAAGCUGCCGUGACUCAUGCUAUGGACAAUCGAUUGUGGUCUCACGCACUUGUUAUCUCCUCGACUAUGGAUCGCUCCGCGUGGAGCCAAGUGGUUCGAGAGUUUGUUCGUCAAGAAGUCAAGACUGUUGGCGCCAAUGCCGAGUCGUUGUCAGCCCUGUAUGAAAUCUUUGGUGGUAAUCUGGAGGAGAGCAUCGAUGAACUUGUGCCGCCCUCUGCUCGCGCAGGUCUACAAAUGGUGAGCAGAGUCGAUCCUGUUGGGCCCACCAAGAACGCCCUUGAUGGGUUGAACCGUUGGAAAGAGACUCUCAGCCUCGUUUUGAACAACCGCUGUCAAGGUGACCACCAAGCCUUGGCUGUACUUGGGAAGCUGCUGGAGGAUUACAACCGGAUUGAAGCGGCCCACAUUUGCUACCUCUUCUCGAGAAAUCCUGCAAGGCCUAUCAUCGUUGGCGGCCUCGACGACGAACAAACCCCUGUCGUCCUGCUGGGCGCGGAUCACCGGGCACAACCAUUCGAUUUUGGUCGGGACCAAGAAGCAAUUCUACUGACUGAGAUUUACGAGUUUGCAACGAGUGUUCUGUCGGCAGGCUCACCACUACCGUUCAUGCAUCACCUUUCCGUGUACAAACUGCAGCGAGCAACGGCUCUGGCUGAAGCUGGGUUCAGGACAGAGGCUCAAUCAUACUGUGAUGCUAUUGCCGCGACCUUCAAGCCCGGCACCAAAAUGUCACCAUACUACCAUCCUUUGUUCUUGUCAGAACUCGACGAUCUGCUGAACCGACUUAAACAAAUGCCCAAUCAAGGCUCCUCAUCUUGGAUAGGGAAGCCCAGCCUGGAGAAAGUCUCCGGGUCUGUUUGGAAUAAAUUCAGCAGCUUCGUAGUUGGCGAGGACAGUGAUGCCGAGUCUAAAGGCUCGGGCAAAGACGCCGCCGAAGCGGGACCAUUUGCUCAUGUCUCAGGGACUCCCACGAUAAGCAGACAAGGGUCGCAGUCCGAUCUGUAUGGUUCAUAUCCUCAGAACAUGUCUGCCGCUGGGUCCAGAUAUGCUCCGAACGGAAUUCAAUCGACCCGAUCUUCAUCAGAGCUUACUCGUGGGCGGCCUUCCCUUGACGGACGCGUCUCCCUUGAUCAACAGCGAUCCCCGCCUUCCACGUCUUACUCUCGCGGCAGUCGUCAAUACGAGCCAACGAAUAUGUUCCAAUCAGGACCUGUUGUACCUCCUUCGAAUCCCUACCAGGCUGCCUUAGCCGCCUCACCUCCCAAAUCUACUCCGCAGAGCCCACCGAGAUCUUCCUACCUGCCGAACAGUAUCGGUCAAGCCCUCGACUUCACUUCGCGUCCAGGGCAACAGCAGACUCAGGGAUCAGCUCCUCCGGCAAAGGAGGCCACCGAGCCACCUUACGGAUACAGGCCUGAGCCCAUGACGGGUGGUCAAAAUCGAGAGGCUCGAGCUUACGGUGGAUAUAUGCCGGUACCACAGGAGCGAUCUCAGACUCCCGCUCGGGAGCAAGAGGAUACCAAUCAUAACUAUCAGGGGCCUUCCAGCCAAUCUUUCAGCUAUGAACCUCAACCGCAAGUGGAAAGCAACAAUGAUGCUUACAAGCCAUCAAGCCAAUCAUAUGGGUAUGAGCCGUCACAGCGGGAGGAAACCAACAAUAGUGGCUAUGAGCCGCCUAGCCAAUCAUAUGGUUAUGAACCCCCUACCCAGUCCUAUGGGUAUGAACCUCCCAGUGGCGACGAUGGUUAUGUGCCCUAUGAGCCAGAGCCAGAUUCCCCGGUAGAAGAAAAGAAGGAGUCGAAACCGAAGAAGAAGUCAUUCAUGGAUGAUGACGACGAUGACUUUCCACCAAUUACUGCAAAACCGUCUCAACCUGCGGCCAAUGGGACAUCAGAUGAUGAUGAGGCUGCGCGGAAACGUGCAAACGACGCGGCUGCCGAAGCAGCGUUCAAAGCAGCUGCAGAAGCGGACGCGGCGCGAGCCAAAGAAAAGGAGCAGCAAAAGAGGUCGUCUUCCUGGUUCAGUGGAUGGCUAGGCAGCAAAAAGUCAGCUGAGGGACUUGAUUCAGGGAACAAAGGUGGUGCCGAGCCGAAGGUUUAUAAGGCCAACCUGGGCGAGUCGAAAAUGAAGCUGUACUAUGACAAGGAGCUCGGGAAAUGGGUCAAUCCGGACAAUCCAGAUGCAGCCAAGAAGAGUGCGACACCUCCUCCUCCACGGAUGGGUGGAACACCGGCGCCGCCCAUGGGCCCUGGUGGGCAUUCCCGAACACCCGGUUCAGGACCCACCUCGAAUCCAAAUCUGCCUGGGCUGGGCAUUGGCAUGCCUCCGCCGUCAGGGCCGGGUAGCAGGGCAGGAACACCGGCCAGCGGGCACGGCCCGGGGAACAGUACCGCGCCAACACCUUCACCACUCGCAGGGCUUUCGGGUCCACCCAGUGGUGCAGGCACCCCUCCACUGCCAGCUUCAAAUAACAUGAGUCAGGGCAGUUUAGCACCCCCGCCUGGCCCUGGAUCGCGUCCUGGUACCGCCACCAGCAAUGCCAGCAGCAUCGAUGACCUCAUUGGACCGGCGACAGGUCGCAAGGGUCCCAAGGGGGGAAAGAGAGGAGGAAAAGCUGGUCGAUACGUGGAUGUGAUGGCCAAAUAGUGACAAUGUCACAAAGAACGGUAGAUCAGAUUUGAGAAGUCAGAGGGGUCGCGAGGAACACGUGCAUGCUGUCUCAAUGAUAGAGAUGGCGAUAGCUACCUUUGGCUGGUGGAUUGUACAAUACUAAUAAUAAUCAUUCCAUGGGAUUGGCAGAUUCUACAGCCAGGUCUCGACAAUGUAAGUCACCUUUUGUGUUCCAUUGCCGGCGGACUCUGCUGUGCAGGUCUCGGAUCCGUGAACUGGGAGACGCUGGAUGUAAUUCAGAUCAUACAACAAAUAUAUAAUAAAUCACUUCCGAGGAGCAUCUCAGUCGCGAGACGCUCGGAGCAUGACAGCCGA